UUGGCCGCGGCUUGAAAAUUACGCAGUAGUCUACGGUUGUGGCCAUAGCCUCUCCCCUUACAGUUGCUUAUAAUUUUAAGCCGCAGCCAAGUACUUCAGACACGUAUGGAUACAAAAUGGCGCCUUAUUUGAAGCGCAUACCUCAUCUGGUUACUUUAUCGUACACAAGUUACUCUACGUCGUACAUGUACUUACCCCAUCUAAGAUGUAAGUGAAACGAGUAAGUUUUGCUACACGUACCUGUAUGAGAUUCAGCGUGAUGAAGUAUUGGUCGUACCUUUUGUGGCUUGUCUGAAUUAACAUCUGCACUGCAAGGCCAGCCAUGCUUCAACAGAAUCAGCUGCAAUUCAACCUGGAGGUGCCCAGCCUGCCCAGCAACCUGGCCACCCGCUACCGCAAUCCGGGACCCCUGGUGAUAGAGAGGCUCGCUGGGGGGACCCUGACCUCGGACUCUGGUCCCGGAGAACCCAAAGAACCGCCAGUCAAAUUCACCACGAUAUCCGAGGACCAGCUCUCGGUGGCCCUCCGGCUGGCCAGACUUGACCUGAAGAACAUUGCCUCCAAGAGCCAGGCACCCGCUACCAAAUACUUGCCUCAGCACGAUCACCAGAGGCCUGGCAAGAAACACAAAUCCAAACAGAGCCCUUCAGGGAAAAAUCAUCACCAGCUGCGGACCACAAAGCUCAAAGAACGGUUUACCGACCCAAAUGAAAGUCAACGAUCGAUAGAAACCCAGACUCACCGUUCCAAAACAAAGAACACAAAGGAUGCCAUUGUCUUGCAACCAGUUAGUACACACAGGCUUUUUUUGAGUACCAAACAGCACCAGCAUGGUGAUACCAAGAGGGAAGAGCUGUCCCCUCCCACGGGAGAGGUUGCCUUGAGUCCCAAAAGCCGACAGGUCCAGGAGAUCAGGCGACUCCGUUCAGAGCUUAAGACUUACAUGAAGAAAGUGGAGGAGUUGUCAAUCAAAGCAUCUCGGCCUAGUCAGGAGAUGGCCAAGAAGGAUGCAGAGGUUGUAGAAGAUGACCCAAGAAGAGCAGCCCGGGCUGCUGAGCAGGCCAGCCGCUCAGCCAGGCUCCUCUACUCUCUCCAGCAACAGGUGCGGGAAAUUCAAGAAGAACUGGAUAAGCUUGGACCAGGAAAAGUCAGACACACUAAAAAGAGUCGAGCCCUUAACCGUCUGGCUGCUGCCCACCGUGGUGCCGUGAGGGCCCUCCAGUCGUUCCUUCACCACCUGCCCUCAGAGGUGGACCCUGGGAACGGCCUACCACCCCAUUACCAGGAGCUGGCCCUGCUGAUUCGACAGCUGUCCCUGUGCUGCGCCCAGCUGGAUGUGGAAGAGUCAGGAAUCCCAGAAGGGGUAUUGAACAUACUUGAGCAGGCAAAGGAUUUCCAAGAUGCAUUGUCAGGGCAAAUUUCCACCCCGCCGAGGCCCAAAGCUAAUCAUGACCCCCAGCCCCGAGCCAACUCGAGGAGACGGCUAGCCUUUGAGGGUGAUGCCCCCCGAGGCCCGCCAAACAGGGCAGCCACUUCUACAAGUCGGUCAGGGAGUCAGGGACAAGCAAGUCCAAAGGCUCUGAACCCUCAUCACUACAGGAUAAGAGAGACACCUGUAAGGGACACAGACAGAGACCCACUCCAUGCCACAACCCAAGUCACACCGGGUCCAGCAACUGUGGAGAGAUUGGGAAAAAGUGUUGUGAGCAGUAAAGUGACGCCCGGUAGCCCAGAGAGGAAUGCAGCAUUACGGGCAGGGCUAGAAGCCCUUCUCCGGGCAGGGGGGCAGCCAGCUGGACCUUUGCAUCCAGCAACAAGCAAUCCAGUGCCACGAGGCCAGCUGCCUACCGCCAAGGCACGCAAGCAACCACCUGCUAGGGGCUCCACAGCACCCUCCAGGAGCCUUAUCCUUCCAGCUGCAUUGAAGGCUGCAAGGGAGAGGCUUCAUCGAGUUAGAGUGGUCCCCCGAGAUGCUCACUUCACCCAGGAGACCGUGGCCUCCAAACUCAAGCACAGGGAACCGGUCGGACAAGGCAUUGCAACGUCCAGGGACCCUGGGACCAGACCCCAGGAUGGUGGGCCGGUCAUGAGAGCCAAGCCUACCUGGACUCCUCCUGGGUCUCCAAGAAGCUUCCACAAAGCUUUACCUCGGCCAAGGCCAGUGUCAGCUUCAUCUGAGGACGAGAAGGAAUCAGAGGAGGCAGGCAGAGACAACUCAGCAAGAAGGAGAAAAGUUGUCUUCAACCUUGAGAAGGAGAGCGGGAGCAGGAAGGACGUAGGGAGUGACAGAGAGCGGGGACUGGAUCCAGAUAUGAUGGAGAGGGAGAUAGCCAGACAGGCCUGGCUAGACAGGGAAGCAGCCAAGCAGAUGAAGCAUCUGGAGCAUGGACGGGAGGAGAAUGGCUACCCUCCUGUUCCUCCUGGCUGGCUGGAGACAGUUGAACAAGCUCUCACUGCCCGACUCCGUCCCCUCAUUGAUAAAGCGGAGGCUACUGCAAAAGAACAGCAGCAUGUCCAAAAUUCCACCAAGCAAUCCUUACGUCACCAGCUAUCCGAGAGGGCAGUACAAGCUACCAGCAAUAAUGCGGACCUCCUCAGCGACCUCCUCCUUGAGGACAUACUGGCCGACACGGCCCUGGAGUUUCAUCGCAUCGAACGAGACGAUCAGCUUGAGCGGCAGGCCCAACAGCUUCAAGAUGGUCCCACUGUGGAAGGGAUGCUGCAGUCACUGGAAAAGAUGGAGCUUAUGGAAGAUGAAAUAAGAAGGCGGUGGAGGCGAGUGGAAUACAUCAACCAGGAGGAGCUUCUUACAGACUCUAUCCACCAGAAGGAGGUUGGGUGGAUGUUGGGCACUCCCCUCGAUGGAGAGUUCCUUGAAAGUUUCCCAGGUGACGUGCCAACUGCCCACACUGCCAUGCAGUUCACAAAUCAACAUUCUCAGGAUGCUCCAGGAUCCCAGCCCAGCAUCUCCAAAGCUAAAUCCUCAAGAGGCACAAAAAUCCCAUUACAAACUGACGAGGUGACAUAUUUGUUGUAUAGCAGGGACGACCAUGAUGUUGGCAUCAGGUCUUUAGCAGAAAACGAUGUACAAGUCACCGAAAUGGAUUCUAAACAGGAAAAAGGUUUUCUCUCUCGAGAAGAUACUGACAGGUCUGUCAGUCGUGUGUCAGGAGCAACUCCUGGCCAAACGCACUCGAUGAACAUCCUGCACACAUUGCUGGACAACAAAGGCAGUGCAGCAGCUAGACCAGGUAGCCUGUCCAACAGCAGGAAGUCUGGCACCAGACCUGGGCUCGACAGGCCAAGCUUUCCGCUCUUCAUUCCUAGUGAUGCGAUGAAUCGCAUCAGAGACUAUAGAGGGCGCUUUGAGCACCACCUUAAGAACACGUCACACUGGGCAUACGGAACAUUUGACCCAUGGAGGCUUGUGGAGGAGGUCUCCGAUGAGAUAGUGUCCGAGAUUAUCAAGGAUGUUUCAAGCGAGGUUGGUGACAUCAUGAGCCAGUGUGUUGAUGACCUCUACAGAGCCGAGUUUGACAUGACAUAACCUUUCUUCCCUGGCCUCUAGGGUUGAAGUUUAGUGUGUGAAUGGUCUUCUUGAAAAGUCCUUUAACUGAUUCAGUGUGUCCCAUGUUGGCCAAUAAAGAUCAGUGUGAUGCUCCUUAACAUAUUCCUUUUGCAAGUUACAAUCAUAGAAGUAACACUGUACCAUCAAAUUUGUUUCUGAAUUAUUUCUGGACCAUGGGAACCAGAAUGAGGAUUUUUCCCCAAUAAUGUUUUUCCAACUCCUAAGAGAAAAGACUGUGGUACUAUUUCUAAAGUGUUGUUGCUUUCGCUUCUAUACAAAAAACAUUCUAACAUGUAUCAAGAGGGUCUACUUGCCGCCCCCUUCCACUCCCCACUGAUAUCUUCCUGCCUUUGUAAAACAAAAAAGAAAUUUACAAACCAAUCUGAGUGCUUUGUUUAAAAAAAGGGACUUAGCUACAGCCAGGUUUUUAGUCCAUUUUUCAAAGAAUUUUUUGGGAGAAGUAGAGGUUGGGUGGAGCAUGCUCACUUUUUCAGCAAAAUGGGUAUUAACCGAAACAGUCCUCAAUCCUCUGAUUUCAAUGUAAGUUUACAUUUACCCUUGGGGGUAAGGGUUAAGCUAGAGGCAGUGCAGGGGCAUCCCCUCAAUUAAAUUCUGAAAUCUACUUAUCUCAGAAUGUUCCUGUUCAAUCUAGGGAAUUCGUCCCUUUCUCGAGACUUUCUGAACUUUUCUUUCUUUUCCCAGAGUUUAUUGGAUAAAAUUCCCAAAGUUGAAUUCUUGUUUUAAAUAAAGUCCACAGAAUCUAUUUGGCAUCAUGUGUUCAGCUCCUCUAAUGGGAGACUUUUGAAAUGCUCGGUGGCGGGAAACGUGGCUACCUUUUUAGCACUUCUGAGCAUGCACUUGUUCUUAGCAUGUGUGCAUAGUUCUGAGCAUGCACGAUACCUUGAAAAGGGAUCAGGAUGUCUGCUGCCACCAGCAUCUCAAAGUUCUCCCAUUCUGUACAGUCAAACAACAUGUUGUAGUUUCUGUGGGUCAAAUUCAGUUGUGGUACUGGAUUUCGUCUCAUCACCUUUGAUUCGACCUUUGAUUUGAUUAUUUUUGCAUGUAAUAUGCGAUUUGAUCAGUUGCUGUAUUUGAAGGUUUUUGAAAUAAAAAGAAAAAGCUCUGAA